AAUUCGUCGAGGUUGCGAGAUCGCUGGAGGCGUUUCUCUCUCGCUCCGUCUAUGGCCUGUAUUCUGUAUGUGCAUUCGUUCACUGAUCACACUGAACACCUCUUCUCGGUCGGUGCCGCCGAUAUCUUGUGGCGAUCGUGUACAGUGGCGACCCCCCACACCACCGUGUUGCAGUGUGGAGUGACUUUUUAUUUGACGUUUAGUCGCCAUCUUCGUUUUUUAAGUAAUGUUUAGUAGUCAUGUGAAUGUCCCCGAGUAGUUGUCGGAGUUUGCAGCACGAAUAAAAAGAGACAUGUUUCGCAAGUGAAGAUAAGCCGUGUGUCUCACUUGAAGAACGAUUAACACAACACAGGCUUAUGUAUAUAGCAAUUAAGGCGGAACGCAUUUUCGACGCGAUUUCCUAAUUACGUGCAGAUAGAGCAACACCGUGGAUACCGUUUUGGUUGCUUCUAUUCGCCCAGCAUGCGAAGUAGAUGAAUGACGAACGAAAGAAAAAGAAAAACAGUAACAGCCCGGUUUCGCCAGCUUGUGGAUGUUGUUAGCCAGGCGGCAAGUGGUUUGGCGGUGUGUCGGAGGCAAGUGCGGAAGCCUCGAAGAGACUUCGUUCGAGGCUAGAAAGGUAGUAGUGAGCAGACGAUGGUAAAUAACAAGUUGAAUUCAUUCCGAGCAUAAAAUACACCACUUGGUGCAAGGGUAUGUGUGUAGGAACCGUCUGGCUCGGUUGAAAUAUAAAUCGAAGUGAAGAAGAAGCAAGCUGACGGCGGUGUUGGAAGCGAAAGAAGCAAAGUACUGAGAGCAAAAAAAAAACUUAAUGCUUGCAGUUGUUGUUGCUGAUGAUGCAAACAAAAUUUAUAUAUACACACAGCAAAACAACAGCGCGAUACGUACGUAGCACACGUUCGAAGGAUUUUCCAACUCUCGCUACGAACUCGUGAGGAGGGAGCUGCUGUUGCUGUGAUUGAUGGUGCAAAACGAAAGCAGCCCAGAACAUUUACUGUGGAUUAGAAUCUCAAAUCAGCUGACGUCACGUUUCCCUUCGCUUGUCUUGUCUCGUCUCGUUUCAAGGACAAGGUGGCGCUCCCCAGAGAAGAAAGGUGUGCUGCAUCGUAAGACUAAACUGGUACAGCGAAAUCACAACAACCCUUGCUGCUGCUGCCGGACAGCGAUUGACGAUCGCAAAGCAUUGCCCGAAGGAGCAGCCACAGCGCAAUUGUAGCAAUAGCAACAUCGUCAACACGGCAAAGGAUUAUCCAUUACAAAAUAUUUUAUAAUUAUCGCCGCAUAACACCACCAUCUAGCAGCUCUAGUGGACGAGAAAGCGAGAGCCGAAGUGCAGAGCCUUUGUUUUUCUCGACCGAACACGAACACCACCAACGACCAGCGACCGAGACAUCGCGAAGCGCUGGGGAACAAAGAGUCUCCACGAAUACGUACGCAACGAAGAGCGAAUUGGUGAAAUUUCCUCUCUCGUGUCGGACGUAACUCUCUUCGGACGCGAACCCGAGCCCGGGGUUCGUCAAUCCGAGCGACGUUCGCUCGCUGUCAGUCGUCCAGCAGUUGUCGAGCGGUUUGCACGUGAAGUUUAUGUCGCUCGUCCAAUCGGUGACACCCUUGGAAAUAGUGAUUGGGAAAAAAAAUCAUUUUUUUUUACUUCAUUUUUGUUUCGUACUGAGUGUGUGUGUGUGUGUGCGUUCAUCACUUAGUGUAGCCCCCCGGUCGCGUAGUCGGGGUUUCGUUGUGAAGCAAAAGAAGGUAACAAGAGAAAUAUAAAAGUGCUGCUUUUGUGUGAACGUGCGACGGGGAGUUCGCUGUGUGUCUGUCUGUGGGCAACAAGAAAGGCAGAGAAAAGGUGAAAAGUUACUGAAAAAAUUUCUAUUCGUGGUGUGUGCAAUAUAGAGCAGCGAGAGCGAGUGCGAUUUAGUGCUGCUUGUUGUACAGUUAAAGGCCUUUUUUCCGUUCCGAAAGAGUGGAUUUUUCCGAAAACUCGACUGCCGCCCCAAGUUGUUCCCGUAUGCUCCGUGAUCCGUUCGUUGGAUGAUAAGUGAAGAACGCGAAGCGAAGAGUGAGAGGGGAUAAACCCGUUGUGCGGUAAAAUAGGCAUUCGAGAGGGUAAUUCCCCACCGGAGGUAGUUAUCCGAAACUUAUUUGCAUUACAAUGAUCCGAUUACGAAAUCAACACAAUCGGCGGCGGCGUGCGAGUUAGUGAAACUAUAAAGUGCUGUGAGUGGCAGAGGUCGAAUUUAUAAUAGUGCACAGGUGUAACGUAAAACUGUCAACUCGUGUCAAUUUAGCUGACGGUGGGACGGAGAGUGGAGAUCAAAAUUUUCUCACCAUCCGCCCUCUGCACGCGGAAGAAACAAAGGCAAGGUGCUGGUGGUGUGCCCCCAAAGGAAUAGAAACGGAACCAAGUACCAGCAAACGGCACACAACCGGAGGCCUGGCCUGGUGGAGAAGUGGCAGACAAGUGUUCCGUUGAUUCGGCGGUAGUGUUGGUACGAGUGGUGCCGACAGUGGCUUGCGUGGAUUGGUGGUGGAAAACUAAGCUUUACCUGUGGCAACGCCACGCGUAACGAUCGCCGCGACCCCACAUAGAUUCGUGCACAAUUUUUUCAGGGGGCUCUGGCUCCGCCUGCAACAAACAUCAUGUGGGCGCAGUGGUGUCUCAAGCAAGGAAGAAGGCUGGAGGAAUGAGAUGAAUUAUCGUUCAAUUAUCGUCGGACGGUCAUAAAUAUAUCUACGGGGAAAAAAAGAAGAAAAGAACCAUUCAUAAGAGUUUCGUUUAGAAAAACCCCAAAGAAAAACGUCUCUAGUGUCGACGAAAAAUUCUGAGAUUCAGUUUGUGUUGUGUUCUUUGUUGAGAGCUAGCGAGGAGGAGAAGGAGGAGGUGCAAAAAUAGUGUGGCCAAAGGGGCGCUACUCCUCUGGUGAUUCCUAUGUGUUGUGUUGUGACGUUUCUGUAGAAGACCCAAAAUGUCUUAUCGCUAUUGGAUUACAACAAAUGGUUCAACAACAGCAGCGGUAGCAGCCGAAGCAGUAGCGCUCGCACUAUGCCCUGUGCAAUAUGGAUUAAGUAGGUGCUAUUUUUAGCCAGUUGUCGUCUUCGUCGCAGUCACUGGCGAGUGAAGGCAAGAGAGAGAGAGAGCGAGGAAACGUGUGACCUCAUUCUUGCCACUCUGCAGCCUUUGGAUUACCACCGUUAUACAGAGAGUCGAUAGUGUGUUUAUGCGGCGACGGAAAAGUGAAUUAAUUAGUGUUGUCGCCAGAAAUACACGUCCCCCACCCCAACAAGAAGUGCUGAAGAUCGUGUACUAUGCUUUCGAGAUACCUAUGCCACACCGACCGUAUGAGUCAACCGAGUAAUGCGGAAGGGAGGAGCAAUUUGUGAUAACGAAAGCAUUAGUAGCAGAAGCUAGGCCAACAACGAAAUUGAUACGAAUAAGAAACUACAAAUGUAAAAUGGAACCGGCGCCAGACGUAGCGUCGUCGCCCCAGGAUCAGUCGCAGCCCACGACGGAUCCGUUAGCAAUCGAGCCCACCAACCAUCAGCAGCAGAUAGCGCAUCCAGAAUCUACCAACAUACUAUCCGAAGCAGCGCAGGACGCAAAAUCAUCAAAUCAACCACAAGAUGGCGCUCAGCAGCAGCCGUCAGUUUCUUCCCCAUCAGAAGCGACACAUGCACUGGAAACCGCUCAAACGAUUGUUGCGUCCUCGCUUUCCGAGGAGAAGAUCAGCACAGAGGUAACAAAUGCUGCCUCUCCGCCAGAGCGAAAUCCACCAGGUCAACAACCUGAAGAGCAUCAACAAAGUGAGUCGAAAAGCCAAGAAGAAACGACGGCUGCGGAGCCUCCAACGGCGGAUAAUGACUCCGUCAAAGGGUCUGAGAAUGGCGUCAAUGCUGAUAAGAAUGGUACUAACGAUAGUCAAAACUCAAAAGCGCAAUCAAUCCCGAUAGUUCCGGUAUCAUCUGCUCAAGCAUCUCAAACAUCGGAUGGUUCGGUAGUGGCGAACGCUGAACUGUCCGCUUCCAAACCGCCGAUAAUUUCGACUAGUAAUGGAGCGGUGGCAGCAGCAGGAGCAACACCCGCGAGCAGUAGUAGUCCUAGCAUUAGUAAUAGCAACAGCAAUAGCAGUAAUAGUUUCUUAGGCAGCGGUAGCGGCAGCAACAGCGGGAUCGGUGUGAGGAAGUCCGUCACUAGUGAUAAUAGUUUAAAAAUAAAUGGUAUUAGUGAUCUUAGCAUACUGGACGUUACCGAAGGUAACGAUGACGAGAUUGAAGUGAAGGUGGAAGGUGGCAGCCUUAUGCACAAAGUGAUAAAGUUUUCCCUCCUCAACGGAAUGCAGGAUAGCAGCAAGCGGCUGGAGAACAGUAGACUGAUAAUGAGUGGCGUUGCCAACGCAGCCCUCGGGGAGGCGACGCUGGCCACUACAUCAUCGCUUGGCCGGGGAGUUCUCGGAGGAGUUUCCAUACGGCAGGAAGAGAAGUCGAAGGAGGAUAGCUUCAAAGGAAGCACGCUGGACAGCAAAACGACACCCCCUGCCUGCUCAAGUGCUCGGCCCGAUUCGGCCGAACCAAGCUCAUCCUGCAGUAGCAACAGUAACAGUAGUGAUACCAACGUGAAAGGUAGUGAAACAGUGCAAACGAAUCCCAAUCGGACAGAAGAACCGAACGACAAAACCCGACAUUCCGCGGAUAGCAUCGUUAGUGGAACGAGUGGUAGUAGUGGUGAUCUGGUGCGUGAGGAAAACGUAAGCGAUACUUACUGCCGAAGUGCUUCGUUGGACUUCCGGGAGCGGUCCGUACCAUCAUCUGCUGCUUACCCGGCGGGGUACGGCUACAAUGCUUCGUCGAGUUCUGCUGGAUCGGCUUCCACCAGCGCGUCGUUGGAUCUGUCGAAAAUCAACAACGAGACUGAUAGACCUUCGCAGGCGGGAAGUCCUCCGGCGAAGUGGCCCAAAGCCAUGUAUUAUACCGAGCUGCCAGACUUUAGCAAGCCAAUUUUUACCCCGAAAAACGUAUCGACCUCAACGUCAUCCACGGUAGCGGUAGCGAGUGGGGACCGUGGUAUGCCGCCUACCAAAAGCCUCAGUCAGCUGCAGAUGAAGACUCCCGACUUCAGCCGGAUAGUUCCUGCAGCUGUGGCUGUCUCCCAGGCAACCUCUCAUAGUAUUACGCCGACACCUGCCACGAGUGCGUCGAUUACUUCGAACAGCUCCGCACGAUCGCACGAGCUACAGAUAGCCAACCCAGAUUUCUCAAAAAGUUUCAAUCCGAAGUCUCAUCUACCGGCGGUUUCAAAUCCGUCGAAGCCGACCGAUCGUUCGCCCUACAUGAAUCAAGCUGCCUUCGCCGAGAUCAGCAAACAGCGCAACUACAUCAGUGAUUUGCAGCUGAAAAAUCCGCCGCAUCAAGAGACUGCUUCUCAGUCACACCCGAGUGUUGUGAAAGGACCGAUGCCGGUCCAGGGCCCCGGAUUGGGGAGCUAUCGCAUCGAUAAAUCUCAGCCCUCGCCGCAACUCUAUCCUCCGAGCUCAUACCGACAGGAACCAACCAGCCAUGUACAGCUGGAGGAACCCAAAGCACACGUUAUCCACAAAACAGUCGGCGCAAGCCACCACCCACCGGAGGCGGCCAAGCCUUGGAACCCUGUGACCGAAUAUGGUCCCAAACCGAACAGACAAUGUAACGAAAGGGAACGAUACUCACAUCAAUACCCACCAAUCGCAGAAAACAAAGGUCCUCCGCCGUUGACGAGUGAACCACCGUCUCAUGGUUACCCAGGAUACCCUCCAUAUCCGCUGAGCAGAUCCAAAGAUCCACCACCACCGCCACCAUCGACGGUAUCUGCUGCUCACCCUGGUGGUAUAAUCGUGAACAAUGUGAAAACUUACUACCCGGAACCCCCACAGCAGCACCCUGGCGUUGUUAAACCAAACGAAGCUGAGUUCCGUUUGGAGCACAAAGAGAAGCAACUCCGCCAGGAGGGAACAAUCAUUACGCUUAAGCCGAACGAAAGCCGUCCUUCGACGGUUCACACUCAAAGUUCACACUAUCCAGUCCAGCCGUACCACAGUAAUCCCCCGCCGAGGACACGGUCGCCAUCCAUCGAAAGACGCGAUGCCCAGAUGAUGGCCGCUUCCCAGGAGAUACUCUACCGUGACUUUAAACUGAAGCAAUCGUACGAAAUGCCACAAAAAUCAUCAGCGUCGACAAGACCACCACCUUCCGGGGGCAGACUUGCGGAGGAACCUAAACCGCGACCCAUGGAACCUGCAUCUCGUGAUCGGUCUCCGUACGAUGCGUACUACCGUAGUGCGGUGGGUCCUCCACCGAACAGGUACUACCCCCCGUCGGUGCAGCCUGAACACAUCCCCCACAAGCAGUCUGUCAGUCCAGCUUCAUCGGCAAGCUCGUCACCAACUCCUCCAAUGCACAUUCGUACCCGCAGUCCGGUACCACCAGUUCCUAGCAAACAAUCAACUCAGAUAGCCACUCCCCCUGGAGGCGGAGGAAUGAUGCAUCCACCGUCGAAUUGGCCCAAUCAGAGCCGUAUUGUGCCUAGCCCGCAUGGUAGCGGUGCUACGUCCUCUCCCCUGUCGGUGCCCUCCUCGGUGAGCCCGAAUCAUUUCGUCAAUCCAAAAAAUUCACCCAGUCCGGUGAGUUCGUACGGCCCACAACCCGGGUCAAGCCACAACUACAAAUCACCUAGUCCUUCUGCUGCUUCUUCUCCGGUUCCUUACGGCGCAAGCGCCGGCUCCGUAACCAAAUAUACUCAGUACUAUCCCGGUGGUGCGGGCGAGCGCGUUGUGAGCGUUGAAGUCGACAAAGAAUCCUACAAACCCGGCUUCAGAGGCUUAGACUACAAUAUGGAGCAAAAAUUCGCCGAAGUGUACCAAGCGCAUCAGAUGAAGGAGAAGCAAGCGGCGGCGGGUAGCAGCAAACAGAUGGAUUCAUACAACAAGGGGGGUCAACAGUAUCCUGGUGUUAGUGGGGAGUACCCACGACACGGACCCCAACAUCAUCAUCCCUCGCAUCCGAGCAUGCAACAGCCCCACUCAAACGCUGCUCAACAUCCCGGCUAUAAACCUAUGGAUUACAAACCUAAGGAAGCCUACCGGGAUGAGUACGGCAGAUCUAGACCUACCCUGCAAAGUCAACCCCAUCUAAUACCACCGAUGGCAAACGCGCGAUACCCUUCCCCCCAGGAAAAUCUGAAUCAGUACAGUCAGUACUCUCAGCAACGGAUCGGUACGGACGUGGAGAUGAAGAAGGCUGAACCUCAGAUGUACAAACCCCCAAGUCGUGAUCCUUCGCCAGCCCAACACGGACCACCGUACGGUGGUCCAAGUGAGUCUUCAUACCAUCCCUCAAAACAAUCGCACUAUCCGCCACCACCAGCACAGUCUUCAUCAUCGAAGGUUCCUCACCAUGCGGCAUACCCAUCGAUCGCUAACGAGCCACCGGGUCCACCAUCGCACUAUGGUUUACCAGGUAAAAGUUCCUACUCGAGUUCCCCGUACGAGCGUCCUCCAGAAAAACAACCAUCUGUGAUAAGUAGCGCCUACAGUCAAGAACGAACGACGAGUUCUCGUCCCGUCGGCUAUCCAGAAUCGCGACCACACCCUUCCGCAGAUCAUUACCCCCCGAGCGGAGGAGGAUAUCAUCAGGGGCAGCAGCUGAAGGCAACAGCGGCCUCUCAAGGCUAUCCUCAGCAGGGCAGUGGUCAUUCGGUGUAUACAACUCCUCCCUCAACCAGCAGUCGGGAUUCAUCCUGGCACUAUCACCACCAGCAACCGCAACAGCACCAACUAUCAGUGGUGCAACCAGUUUCCGGUGGUUCCGGGUACAAUACCAACCGACAUCCACCGGUUCGUGAUGAACGACAGAAUCCCGUUAUACAACAAUCUCAACCAAGUAAGAACAUCCCGGUGAAGGUGAUUGCCACUGCCAACACAGCACCGACGGCUGCUCCUUCCUCCUCUACUACCGUGGCUCCGGCCACGAGUACCACGAAGCGAGAAUCCCCGCUGGAUUUGUCUGUGAAAACAGUCAAGACCAAAGCCGACUCAACGGCCAGCGAUGACUUCGCUCAAAGCAGUCGGCAUCGUGAGGUUGUUCCGAAGGUGAACUUUAAUCCCAACUUCAAAAAGCAUAUUCCGGGAUACCCGGAGAGACCUUCGCUCGAAGUGCGACCCCCACAACAACAACAACAACAACAACAACAACAACAACAACAACAACAACAACAACAACCACAUGGCCAGCCACAGUCGCCAUAUCAUCCUCAGGUGCUGAGAGAUCCACAACCGAUUCCUCCCCAACAUCAACAUCACUCACUGCAAGCCUCGGCCUCUUCCUCAAAAUCCUCACCUGCUCCAUCUCCCCAACAGUCGGAUCAGCGUGAGACACCCGUAGUCAGCCCGGCGAUACCUCCCGGGUAUGACAAGAAGACGGAUGCGUACAUGUCGGCGAACUACCGAGCUGUGGGUGGACCUCCGGGUGAAGUUCGUGACACUGCCCGGUAUCAACACGACAAUCGCUGCUACCCCCCGCCACACGAACGAGCUGGUCCUUCGGAUCAACGUGAACCAUCGGCUCUCUACGGCGUUCCUUCCGAUCCCUACGCGCAACGGUUACCUCCAGGGGUUACUCCUGCCCCACAAUAUGUCUACCAACAAUCCCCUUCCGGAGUGGGCCCAAAAAUGGUGGAUCCAUACUACCAAAGUGGAGCUAGACCCGCGCCUUCUGCGGCGAACAGAAAUGUGUACUACCCACCGCACGAAAUGGCUCGCAGCGCGAGCAAACAUCCACCUCUCGCACAAAAGCCUACCAUGGAUGAUCCUCGUAUCGAGGAUCGUAAAUUCGUCGAAAGUAUGCUGAAGAAACAGACUUCGCCAUCGGCGGAAGUCAUAGCGGACCUUCAGGCGGGAAAGUUCUCUACCAGAAUACCUUCCGCGCUUGCACCAGCGAAGAAACGACCAGCGGAAACUGCUCCAAAACCUUCGCCAACGAAGGUGUCCCGUGUUGGGGAGCACAACAUCCAUCGACCAUACGAUAACAGCUAUCCACCCUAUUCGGGAUCGCCAGCCGCACCGAGAGACUAUUAUCCUGCCGUUCCGCUGAAACACGAACCGGCGAGUCCACAGCCAGCUGGAGUCUACUACACGGAAAAACGUUCCGAAGCUCCUUCGAUCAACCGUGGUGUUCUGGCUACAGCCCAAAGUCAUCCACAGCCUCCUUCAACCAACGAGCAGCAACAUUCGGUACUGCAGCAGCACCCGAAUGUGGAGCAUCCGAGUUCUCGUCCGGUGCAUACACACCCUUCGGUUAUUACGAGCUACCAACCUAAUAGGGCAGAAGUCUUAAGGUCUACCAACGAAAGUCUCCAACAAAGAGACUACCGGCAUGGCUACAAGCCAGCGGAAGAUCAUCAUCAAUUUCCACCGAAGCCGGAGCCCUUUCGUGACGGCUACACUGAUCCGAACUACAGCGGAUCAGUCGAAGACCGAACCGGAGCCGGUAGACCAGUAGAUCAUCCCAAUCAAACCACUACGAUUGUGAUGCAAUCCCACAUCCAAUAUGGCGGUCAUCAGCCGCCUCAACAACCCCUGCAACCAUCUCACUACAAACAUCCAGAGGUGUUUCAGAACUCCCCACGACCCGAUUACUACUCCAACUCUCCAACGGUUCAACAGCUCUCUCGACCCUCGAGCAUAAUCGAGAACCAGCAAUGCAACAAGUCCUACGAAAACAUCCCGCGGCUAAUGACGACCACAAACCCCGCCAAACUCAGCCCGGACGCAGCCCAACGCCUAACGCCCUCCCACCUCCACUCCAGCAGCAUGGAGUCGCUGAGUCAAGCCUCCUCAGCACCCUCCCCGCAGCAUCGCGGGGCUGACCAGUCGGUAAUAUCCAAGCUGCGGACCAGCCUCGAGCAGAAGGAACGCAUCAACCAGCUGCGCAAGCAAACUAGCUCGGAAAUGUCCGAGGAAGACACCAAACCAUCGUCGGAUGCGGCCAGCUCCUUUCCGCCGUCCCAUUUUCGCUCGAAAGGCGCCAUGAAGGCAUACACGCCGAUCCCUGCCUUUGAUAUGCAGAGUUCAACGACGCCCCAGGAGCAGCAACCACCCCAACAGUUGCCGCAAGAUCAGUCAGUCGAGUCAGUCGAGGCUGCGCAGCGAUCUGCACCUGCGCCUGCACUACACCAUAGCCCCAAGCCACCCGAUCCCGUGACCGAAAUCCCAAAGGAUCCGAUCGAACCACCACCGGAUAUCGAGGGGGCAUCGGCACUCGACAUGCUCGACUGGGGCAGUGCGUGCAACGAACUGGUCGAGCAGUUGCAAACGGGGAAGAAGCGCGGUCGACGGAAACGGGGCGCCGCAAACGCGAAGACCCCCCUGAAGGACACAGCUGAUGACGAUGAAGAUCCCGAUCGGGAUGAUUUUGAGAAGGAGCUUCCGGGGAUCGCAAGUAGCACCCUCUCGGAGGUGCCCCAGGAGGUGUUGAAGUCCGCUGCUCAGGAGAUUCCUGGGGAUUUCGGCAGCUCGAGUGAUGAGGAUAAGCCGCUGCAUUUGCUGAAGCAGCAUGGUCCGAACACCGAGCAGAGUGAGACGAAGGAAGAUGCCGAGGAGGAGGACCGGCAGCAGCUGUUGCACGCCAUCAAGAACUCGACCAUGGAGAAACUGUCGGAGAAAAUCGCUCGAAACAUGAGGGAGAAGCAGCGGCUGGAGUUGGAGCAGAAACAUGAGGCCAAGCUUGGCCGGUCGAGCAGUUCCGAGAGCGAAUCGGACACGAAACGGGUUGUCCAGAGGACAAAGAUGAGAGCGAGGAAAUUGCGGAAUCGCUCCAGCGUACCACUGAAAUCAUCCGAAGUGAACACCGACGAGGAGGACGAGGAAGAAAUGGAUGAGGAGAAGAAGCAGAAGGCAGAAGCCCAAGUGCGAGAUCUCCGGAAGCGAAAGAAAAUGGAUCGAACGUCGUCGGAGUCGGAGACGAGGCCGCAUGUGAAGAAGGUGAGCAGAUGCCAGGAGCAGAUCAAACCGCAGCUGAACGGAACCGAUUUGAGUUCGGACGAGGAAGACCCAAAAACCCAAUCCCCGAACAAGAAGUCGGAGAGAUCCAACGCGAAGGGCGCCGAUGCGAAGCGCGAGGGUGCCCAGGCUGAUAGUAGUGAUGGGGACACCAAGGGAGGAUCUGUCAACGGGAAACAGAAUUGUGAAGCGGAUGCGAAGGCUGGUGAGAGCAGUAUGACGGAUUCCGAGGGCGGCAGCGUGAGGAAUGCGAAGAAGGGGUCAAAAAAGUGCGUGAAUACGAAGAGGAACGUCACCACUGCCACGAGAUCGUCGUCGUCUAAGGUUGUGGAGGAGUCCUUGGAGAGCGCGGAAUCUGCCGUUGAAGAAGAAACAAUGACCCGAUCGAAAAGCAAGCUGGAGAUGGAGAAACGGCGAUCGAAUAGUAAAGUUCUGCGCAACGACAAGAUCAUAGAGAACAACGUGAAGGAUCGGAAAAAGCCCGACAAUGUGACACCCCCGAAGUUCAAGAAAGGGUUGAUUAACGCAAAGUUGGAGGCUAGCAAGAAGCGCAUACUUGAUAGUGAUUCCGAUGCUAAAUCUGUACAUGCAAAAAAGCGAACCAGGAAGACGUCUAAGCUGCAUACGACGACAGCGUCGGAAAGUUCGGAUGAAAGCGACGCCGAAACCGUUUCGGAGCGUCUACGAUCGAGGAAACAGAAGUGUUCAGAAACUUCGGCGCCCUCGUCUACCUCCAAGAGGGGGACCAGUCAGGACGGGAGGACUCCACUAAAGGGAACCCAGACAGAGAAAAAGAACGCAAAAGUGACUGAUUCCUCGAAGAAACGUGGUCGUCAGACGAAGAAGACUUCCAAAGAUUGUGCCACAGAGAACACAAGUGACAACUUCUACCCCGGAUGGGAGAAUGAAUUCUACGAAUUCAAACGCUCGCUGAAGAUCCCGCAUGCGUUGAUCACGAUAAACGGACGCAAGUCGGUUUACCGGAUAUCAACCUCCCUGCCGGAUCUGGACUCACACCAUAGCGACGAAUCGGAGACCUUCUCGGAGAUUGUGAAAAAGAUAAACCAGAAGGACUCCUCAGCGGGCAAGAGAACCAAAUCCAAGGGAGCUUCCAACAAGCAAACCCCAAAGAACAACAAUCAUUUGAGCAAGGAGCAGCAGUUGGAGGAAGCGAAACAGAUAGACGGCAACAAGAAGUUUACAUCGAUCAUUGAAAUGCUCCACGAGCGGAUGCUACGGCACGUGAAAACGAGCAAAGUGAGGAAAACCAAAGGCGCUACCGACAAAGAGGCACUCAAACCGAAACCCGAAUUCGAGCUUCUAUCAACACCCGGUGCCGAGAGCGAAGCUCUGUUCAACCGCAAGAAGAAAUCGCUGUUCGACACCGCCAUCCUCAAAUCGCGAACCCGCACCGAACAGAAGGUGAUGCAGAGCAAGGAAAUCAUCCGGGAGGUGUUCGGUGGGGACGAUGAGCGACCCCAAUCGGCACCCCCGCUGAGCUGCGUUCAGGACAUAAAGAACGUAACCUACGAUGAGAUGUACAACGAAAUGCUCUCGAAGAGCAACAAUGUGGCGACGUUUCUGACCCAGAAGAAGCUACAGCGUGACCUCGCGCUCGCGUCCAACUCGGUGGAGCCUUCUGUGAAGGUUAAGCUUGAAGAUUUGGACGACGAAACCCAGGACAGCGUGCUGAAGGACUCCGGAAGGGUUACGGAGGAGGGUGACACCCCGUCCGUGGUUUCCGAGCGAGAUUUGGCGACUCCGGUCUCGUUCAAAGGGAGCGGGAAAAAGAAAACACACAAAAGUAGGAGGAAAGGGAGUUCUGGCUUCGAUUACAUCCGGAAGAAGAAGAAGCCAGUGGUGAACAAUGGGGAACACAGCGCCAACGUGAUACCACGCAAGAAGGUCACCUCGGUUUUCGAGACCCUGGAGACGAAGGAUGAAACACAUAUCAGCAAGGAGAUUCGGAGUUGGGUGCUCAACAAGGGGGUAGGCGAAAGUGUUAUGCACAAGGCUGCUCGGCUUGGAUACACGGACGUCAUCGUUUACUGCCUCGAGCGACUGGAGAUGGACCCCGAUCAGAAGGAUAACGCCGGGUAUACCCCAUUGCACGAAGCGUGUGCCAAAGGUCAUCUGGACAUCUGCAACUACCUGCUUCAAUAUGGAGCGAGCCACUCGGAAACGGCACUUUCCGGGAUUCGUCCUCUGCACGAGGCUGUUGAGAAUUCGUUCAUCGAAGUUGUUCGGUUGCUGCUAGCAUUCGGAGCCGAUCCAAUGCUGGCAACGUAUGCCGGACAAACACCAAUACAGCUGGCAGAGAACAGCGAAAUGGAACAUUUUCUCCAAAAUCAUCUUCUCGACAUCCAAAGCCUGAGCCCGAUGAAAACCGGCUGGAAAAUGGACGGUCCGUGGAAGAUUCAUGUUGGAUAUCCCAUUUCAGAUCCCGAAGAGAGUGGCUGCGACAUAUUUGCAGACAUUCCGGGUUUCCUGGAGACAACCGCUAACAGCCUGCAUAACAACUCGGCUUCAACGGAACGCUCGUCGAUGAGCUGCUCCACCCUGCAGGACGCACCUUUGUGUCUUCCGCCACCUCCACCUCCAAUGCCACCGCCACCACCAUCGCCACUGACGACAGGCGGCGCGAUGUCGCAAGCACCGGCGAAAAAGUGUGACUCCAACUCUAACAUCAUGAACUUUGAGAUUAAGCUGGAAAGUGAGCUGACCUACGAACGGAGGUACAAGGAUUGUGCCGUGGUUCUGAACGACAUCCAUGAGCUGAACAACGGACGGACUGUAGCGACGCCACCCAAUACAACCACCACAACAACAACGUAUUUAAACGGGCAGCUGAAGCCGACGCUGGAGGUGAAGGAAGAGGUUGUCGAGGAAUGCACCACCACCACCUCGAUGAACGGUGGGCCGAGCAUUCAGUUUGACGAGGAGGAAAGUGAUGACGACGGGGAGUUUCUGUUUGAGUAUGAGGAGGCGGAUCGGCCUCUGCCACCGCUGUAUCUGUUGAAGGAUGAGGCCGCCGGGGAGAAGUGGAUGCUGAUGACGGACCUGUGCAACGUUUUGAAGCUGAAGUCGAAGGAGGCGGUGAUUAGACAGAUCUGCUCCAACUCCAACGCAACUAAUCUCAUCGUUCCCAACAACAGUGCCACCACGACCAGCGUGGUGGCCAGCGGUGCUAAUGGAGCCGGAAGCGCCGCCGCCGGUACGCGUGAAAUCAUUCGGGAACUAAAAAUCGAGGACUUCCUAACCCGCGCGAGCUGCCUGCAGCUCCUUUGCGCUGGCGAGAAACUCAACAUCAACUCCAACAAGGUCGUGUUGGUGAAAUACAACGAGAACGUGCGCAAUCUGCUCCAGGUGCAGGCGCUGGUGACCAGAAUCUAGAACCGAUAAACGAACGAAAGAAUAUGCCUUAUUGUGUGUGUAGGUAGAGUUUUUGGAGACUAACCGUGUGUGUAUUAUGAAGUGUGGAUAAAGCAGGACCCUAGGUUAGUAGCGAAAAUAGAAAUGAAAGGAACCGGAGUGACUUAAACGACCGAUAUAGAGAGGGACAGGGCUAAAAACGGAACAACACUUGCUCAGGUUACAAUUAGAAUGUGUGUAGAAUAAUGGACUAAUUUGUUAUUCGAUUCUUAGGUUAUAAUGGGUAUUGUUUUCAAUUUUGCUCGGUAAUUACCCAAGGCUUGCAAUGGUUUGCCAGCCAGCCGCGAAGCGGAGGCUGAACAUGGCAUGCUUUGUCAUGAGAAAAAAAACAAGAAAAGCUUCAGCUCAAUUCACACUCAGAUGGCGAAUAUCGAUUGAGGUGAACCGAACUGCAAAUAUUUACUAAUCCGCACAAUCUAAGAAAAAACACAGAAAAUCGUGCCUUCCGUUCGCUGCAACAAAAUAUUGGUCUCGGAUAGGGGCCCAUCUGCUGCACAUUAUGAUGAUGCGGAAAAAAGAACAUCACAAUCAAACUCACGAAUGAGAUAUUAUUUUUUACAGACUAAAUCAAAUUUGUUCCAAAAUUGGGAUAAAAAUUAUUAUCUUUUUUGUUGAUGGUUAUCAUGCACAUCGUCAAUCUUAUGAUGGAUUGGUUCCCUCCGCGUAAGGGACAUGUAAAUAUUUCAAAAAUAUUUAGAAACAGUGCGGAAUACCGACCACAACCACGAUGAGGUUUUCAGCUGUUGAAACAGCUGCUGCUACCAUUUUUUUAAAAGUAAAAUCAUACAUACGUUAGUUUCAUAUUUUAGUUAAAAGUUUCCAUUAUCGUUUAAGUGUUAGUUGUUUGCCCGCCCGCAAGCAAACCGUGUGGGCCGCGCUUCGCAAGAAUAUUUAUUUUUAGUUCAAAUUUGCUUGUUUUAGUUGAUGUUUAUUUUUUAGUAGUAUCGUAACACACCACGCAUUCGUAUUUUUUAUGUUCAAAUGUUAACUCUAAUAAUGGUAUGAUGAUGUAAUUAAUGUACAUUUGUUUUUAGGGCGUAAGGAAAAACCAACAAAACAAAUUUAUUGAAAGUUAGUUUAUUCAGAAGUAACAAAGAAGCGAAACCCGACUUUGAAACUUAGAGGCGAAACAAUCUUGACCACUUGCACUAAGUGCAGAAUAACAAACAAACAAAAAAUGAUGUGAAAAAGUGAGGGAAAUCGUUCAUUAAAGUUUAAAGUAUACCCACACACCCCCCUUAUUGUUACAAGCUCAUAGCAAACGUGCAGCAACUGUGUAUAGAAUUAAAUUCACUAUGUUAAUAUGCGAAAAUGGUUGAAUUCCGGAAUGACUCAUUCGGCGCUCCCGAGCCUAACAUAGGCGGACGGAAUUCAGCGGUACUUCCUUCCUGCUGUGAGAAGUUGUUUCUAACGAUUAGGUUAUAAUAAUAGGACAUUACACUCAGAUUUGAAGAGACUUUCUUGUUAGUUGCGAAAUAGUUUGGCGGAGAAUAGAGAAACGAAACAGUAAAAAAAAAAACGGUUAUGAACAAGGGCAACAAAAACGGUUUCGAAAACACAGUAGGCGACAGCAACAACAAAAAAAUGGUGAUGGUUAGUGAAAGCAUGGUAUAUAGGAAAGAAAAGAUAAACGCAAAUCAAACACAGCAGAAACUCGUGCAAUCGAUUCAUGCUCAGUUCGGCAACUGGAGUUUGAUAAUAAAACUGAGCAGAGGGUGAGAGGAUGUUUUCUAUUAGAAUAGGAAAUCUGAAAACGACCGCGGAAACUGUUUGUGGUUAUGCCGUUCGAAGAAAAAAAAAACAAAAACGAUGAUUAUUCUAUGUGAAUUAUAUAAAACAAAGAAAUGUGAUUUUCGCAGAAUAUACAACAUUUAUUAUUACGAUAAGGAGGAGAAAAAACAGAGGUAAGAAAAAAAGAAUAUUAAUAUGCAAAUAGAAUAAAACCCAAAUUUAU